GACAUGUGGGGUAACAAACCUCGUUGAGCAAUUGGGAGGAUAUGGAUCAUGGUAAAUGUCGAUUUCGUAAAGAAUAAAGUGCCUCUGAUAAUAUUCAAUAAAUUCUAUCAAUAUUUUAUCAGUAUAUCAAUUCUCUGUUUAUAUCUUCUUCAAAUAUUUCUCGCCAUCUAAAUAAUCCGAUACUACGUUGACAAAAUAUCACAAGAUGAAUACGGAAAUCACAAAGCCCUGCCACAUCUGGAGGCGCCAGGGCAAAUGCUGGAGAGGCGCAAGUUGCAAAUUUUCGCAUUCUUUUGAGCAUAAUACUGGUUCGUACUCCUUGCACGAAGCUCACUGAACAGUGGAAAUCAUACACUGAUGAUUCUUGAUAGAGGGCUGCGAUGCCGACGGUCGCAAGGUUUUCUAUCCCACCGGCACAGCACGUAUGCCAGCCCAGGCUUCCAGAAACACAGGCACAGUCAUUGCCACUAUCAGUCUUUCUUCUCUUGAGCCCUACGACGCAAAUAAUUUCAUCACAAUUACGGGAUUCAAAUAUGUCACGUCCUACAACAUCUCAAAUGGAAAACCGACUACUAUCAUGGUUCCUGGCUCUCCACCAAAAUGGUCUCCGCCCGCUUUGCCAACCACACUACAGUCGAACAUUGGCAGUAAAUUGACUGAUAAAGAAGCAUAUCAAGCGCAAGUGUCGACGAAUUCGUUAUUUGCCGCACUUUCCGUCAGUAUUGCGCAUACAGAUACACGUACUCUCCCCUCCACGGAUCUUAUCAUAGAUCGCAAUGUGCUUCGAAAACUACUAGACUUCGUUGGUGGAAAGGUUGACCAGUCAUGGGAACUUAAUGUCCAGAUGGUCCGAAACACUAUGGUCUUUGAGAAGAAUGAACAAGGAGUUGCCAGGUAUAGUUCUCAGGGUUAUGGUAUUCCAUUUGAGAGGGCGUUUUUGAAGUACGAGGACGACUCAUUGAAGGGGACUAGCGGACACUACCGAAUGGCUACUUACGAGAUUGGAGGCAUGCAAUGGAUGGUCAGAUUUGAGGUUGAUGGAUAUUACGACGUGCGAAGUACGAAGGAUAUUACUGGAAGUUUUCAAAGUUUGGAUCUGGGUCAGGCAAGACACGGCCUACAAUCCCUGAAUACAAAUCCAAAUGUGAACGAGUCGAGUUACCAGGGCAUCAGAAUUGUCAAAAGCGAAAUUGAAAUGUGCAUUCUCCCGAUGAUAGAGGUCAAAACUGCGAAAGUGGGAAAAUCUCCAACGCGAGCUAAAUGGAUGCCGCAGCUCUAUUUCUCCCAAGUCAAGCAUCUAAUUAUAGCCAAUCACAAUGACGGGGUUUUUGAAAAAUCAUAUAUCACGGAAUCUGACAAGAGCGAAGACAUGCGAGAGUGGGAAGUAGCAAACCAGGAAAAAUUACAGAAACUUCUACAACUAAUUAGAGCUGUUAAAAACACAGUAAAUAAAACUAAGGGAAGGAAGGCAACAGUUUUAUGUAAAAAGAGUGAGAAAAAGGAUGAGAUUCUCAUUCUUGAGCAGAAAACGAAGGGCCUGAAGUUGGGAGAAGGAGUUACCGAGCAGUUAUGGGGACCACCAGCCACGAAUGUGAUUCAGAGCUUCUAAUUAAUGGCUACUGUAGCCAGCAAUGAGAUAGAUGGCAUUGGUCCUUCGAUUUAUUUCAUAAAUUAUAUGGAGUUCAGGCAUCGAUUCCUCCAGUCACUAAGUCACUAUUUUAUAUUGAAAUUACCGGAAAACUAAUCCUGUUGCAUCAUGGUAUAUUAUUCAAUGGUGGAAGUUCUUACGAAUAUCAAGACUUUUCGUGUCUUAACUGCGGUCGGUUGGUUAUAAAUCAU